UUACCCCACACUUUCAAAAUGCAGAGACUUGCACAAAACACAAAAACAAAAAGCAGAUAACAUUAGCAAGCAAUUCAAAUAAUAUAAAUCUAAAAUACUGUUAAAUAUGUUAUCUCAGUGAAAUAUUUUGAACGAUCAUUCUUUAGAAAAUUCAAAUAUUUAAUUCUUUGAAUGAUCAUUUUGAAAGAGUUAUGCGUUUUAAGCUCAAAUUGAUUUUUACUACUACUAUAGCUCUGAGACGACUAGUCAAAGAUGGAAAGAAAAGCCAAUCCCCAGUGGAGUGGCCAGAAAUCUGUGGGCGACGAAAAUUCGACCCCGGCCUCUGCCCUCUUUUCUUUUUAUUCGGUGAGGGAGUUUUAACUGAUAAGUUCCGAGGUAAAUUUUGGAAGGCAGAUGGGUUUGGCAGAGUCGGGAUGCUUGCUGGCUUCGAUUCAGUGAGAGGAAGAGGAUAUGGGAAGCUUGGCUUCGGGUUUAGGAUUGAAGGUCGAGUGGAGGAUUUUGGUCACUGGUUAGGGUCGUGAAGCAGAGAGCGGAAGUAGCGACAGAAGUUCGGUCGUGGGAGAGGAAGCGUGGAGUCGGACAGAGAAAACGAGAGCAGUCGAAGGAUCCCUUUGAGUCGGUAUUUAACGACCUGCAAGGGAGCAAGAUCGAGGAACUAUCGCAGGAUUUGAGCCGAGUUUGCGAAGAAGUGAUGCGAACGGCGCCGAAUCGGCGCAAUCUCAGCAUGAUUCGAGGAUCCGACGGGUUUGAGGUUGAUUGUUGGGAAGAUACAACAGUACUUUCUCGUAUGCCAAGUGUCAAAAAACUUAUGGAGGAAGAAAUGUCCAAAGAGAGAACCUCAAAAGCUUCUGGCUGUAGCAUCAAAUCAAAUCAAAAGAUAACUAAACACCACAAAAAUAACUCUGACAAUCGGAUCAGUAACUUAUUCGACUCUGAUUAUCUAGUUUUGGAGCAGUUCAAAUGUGGAGAACCAGUUGAAGGUUCCAAUCUUAUAUUUGAUUUAGCUGCAUUGAUGAUAGAGUUCUAUUCUGCAAGCCGUAUUUGUUCAGAUAUGUUUGAAGAAAUUCAGAUUGAUUUAUGUGGUACCUUAAGAUCUAGUGGCCAUAAAAAGCAUGCUAGUCUUGAUGAAUCUGAUUCCCGGCUUGCCUGCAGGCAGUUUAUGCUUCGGGAGGCACUGGAAAUUGAAGCUGAAGCCUUCCUAAGUCGGAAGAUUGAUGACACCAAGCAGCUAGUUGGAAAUGGGGUUAUACACGCCCAGGAGUUUCUGGAUGCGUUGGAGAUACUGAACUCAAACAAGGAGUUGUUUCUAAAGCUUGUUCAGGAUCCAAACUCACUUGUGUUCAGCCAUGUUCAAGAGCUUCUGGCACCAAAGGCUGUGGAAUUUUCUGAACUGGAAGCAUUUCACAGCUUGGAAGGAAGCGAACAGCUUGAGGAAGAAGUUGGAAAUUCUGAUCAAGAUGGGAAACGUAGUAGUAAUCAAAUGUUCCAGAAGCAAAAACAACCUUUUCUUUUAGAACAGACAAACAAUUUUCGAGGGGAAAUUGCAUCAAAGACCAGAAAAACUUCCAAGGAAACGAGUAAAAUUGUAGUUCUAAAGCCGCACCUAUCAAGAAAACAUGAUGAUUCAACCCAGAACAGUCCAUGCUCGUCUCCUCAAUCCCGUUACAGCAAGAAGCAUGAGAAAGUUGUCGAAAGAACUCUCUCACAUUUUUCAUUUAGAGAAAUUAAGAGUAAGUUAAGGUACAUAGUUGGUGAGAGCAGAGGGGAGCAUAAUUUGAUUUCCAAGGGUAGUAACAGCAGGAUUCCAUUUUGUUCUAAAGUUUCAACUGACCGAUACAGUAUGCCUUCCACAGAAAGUUCCAAAACAAAUGUUACAAGCAAAAUUGAUUGCAGCUCUGAAAAUAUUUGUAGAUCUUCUCCAUCUCAUAGCAAAGUAGACGAGGAAUCCAAGGUGAAAGAAUGGCAACCAAAAACUGAAGUUGAAACUACUCAGUGCAAAAUACAAGGACUAUCACUAGUUACUCUCUUUCGUAUGGAAUCCCUCAACGAUGAAGCAGAGAAACGUUAUUCCGAGAUGACUGGUACUGAAUAUAGAACCAAUAACUUGACAAACACCGAUCUCUGCAAGUCUUCAGAGAAAAUGAUCUCUCCAUCAGAUUGCAACCUGCUAACGCUGCAGUUGAUUGAUGGCACUUCUGCCAAUUUAAAUUCAGUGCCGAGUUUGAAGGACACGCCAUGCCUUAGUAGUGAUCUUGAUGUGAAAAUGUCAGUGAUCAACGCAGAAGCAGCAAUGGACAAAGCCAUAGUAAAGGAAGAAGCUUUUGACAGAGAACAAACUGGCACAAACGGAAGAGAGGAAAAUGUAGAAAUAGAACAAGUAAAAUCUGUGCAUAUAAAUCCUGCCGUGAAUUGCAACAAUUUGUACAUACCUGAUGAUUCUUCAUGUGAAAGUUGCACAGAUGGAUGUUCUACUUCAUCCGAGCAAGGCACACCAAAUGAGAAACCAAGAAUACUGAUCCCGACUGCAUCAAUAUCUCCAAACACUUUAAUCAUAAAUCAAAUUGAAUCGUCUGAGUUCAUCAGCGAAAAAACAGAAAGGCCAAGUCCAGUGUCUGUGCUUGAACCAUUUUUCUUAGAAGAUGAUGGAAGCCCAGACCAUCCAAGUAUUAAAUUCGAUUCUUUUACUACAGAUGAAUUAAAAAGGCCUUUGCAACCAAUUCAUCUCAACUUCCAUGAAGAUUCUACAGUUGUUAUAAACACAUCAGAUUGUUUGGUAGCUCAUCAAAGAACUUGUUCAUAUGACAUGGAGAUCAUGACUAAAUAUGUAAGAAAUAUGCUGGAAGCCUAUAGUUUUGAUUCAGAGAUGAGUCCAGAGAGGUGGCCCUCUUCAGACCUGUUACUCCACCCCUCACAUUUAGGUGAAAUAAAAUCAUUGCAAAGUACAUAUCCAGAAGACCCAAAUCUUCUAUUGGACUGUGUAAAUGAGGUUCUUUUAGAGAUAAAAGAACGGCGAUUCCAGAUCUGCCCCUGGGUGCCAAUUCUGAAAGAGUUUAUAAUUCAAGAAGUUUGUAAGGCCAUUAAGAGAUUUCUAAGUUCACAGGUUCAAUAUACUAUAAAUGAGAUAAUAAUGAAAGACAUGGGCAGUGCAAUGUGGAAUGAGCAUAGGUUAGAGAUGGAGUGUAUCUGUGCAGAGAUGGGUUGGAAUAUAUUUGAAGGGUUGAUGGAAGAAACCAUAUUUGAGAUGUUUUGGUAAACUUGUAAUCAAAAUAUAUAUAGUAUUACAAAAGUUGUUUGUAGGUCUUCCUAUAUUAAAUCUUAGCCUUUUAUCUUAUUAGUAUUUCUCAA